AGAGAGAGAGAGAGACAGGGGAGGUAGUCAGUUUGCAAGUACGAGAGAGGAAGGAGGUGUGUUUCAGUUUAGUUUCAGUGCAUGUUGGUGCACAUUGUCUGUGGUGCACUGCAGGGUGGCAGGAGUCAUCGGCACUGAGUUCUGUCCCCCAGGCCUGCGUCAGUACCAUGCCCCAGCAGUGAUGGACUCCCAGAACCGGGCUGCGCUGGACAUCUCCACCCGAAACCCACAGGAGGACUUUGAGAUCCUGAUCCGGGUUGGCGGCGGCACCUAUGGGGAGGUUUACAAGGCACGGAAUAAACAGAGUGGUGAUCUGGCUGCCAUCAAAGUCAUUAAAAUGGAACCAGAGGACGAUUUCUCGGUGAUUCAGCAGGAGAUUGUGAUGGUGAAGAGCUGCACGCACCCCAACAUUGUGGCGUACCAUGGGAGCUACAUACGGGCUAACAAGCUGUGGAUCUGCAUGGAGUACUGCGGAGGAGGAUCGCUGCAGGACAUCUACCACGUAACGGGACAUCUCUCAGAGUCUCAGAUUGCUUAUGUGUGCAGGGAGAUGCUGAAGGGCUUGGAUUACCUGCACAGUCAGAGGAAGAUUCACAGGGACAUAAAGGGGGCCAAUAUUCUUCUGAAUGACAAUGGAGAGGUCAAGCUGGCUGAUUUCGGGAUUUCAGCGCAGAUCACGGCCACAUUCGCCCGCCGCAUGUCCUUCAUUGGGACGCCUUACUGGAUGGCACCAGAGGUGGCUGCAGUGGAAAUAAAAGGCGGCUACAAUGAGCUGUGUGACGUGUGGUCAGUGGGCAUCACUGCCAUUGAGCUGGCAGAGCUGCAGCCUCCCAUGUUUGACGUUCACCCACUACGGGUGCUGUUCCUCAUGUCCAAGAGUGGCUACCAGCCUCCCAAACUGAAGGACAAAGCCAAAUGGUCCUCCUCCUUCCACAACUUCAUAAAGAUGACGCUCAUCAGGAACCCCAAAAAGCGGCCCAGCGCCUCUAAAAUGCUCACUCACUUGUUUGUCACGCAGUCCUGUCUGAACCAGUCCCUGACACUUGACCUUCUGGAGAAGCUCCGUCACCCAGAGAAGCUGAAACACUGCAUACAAGCCGAGGAAGAGGAGAUUGAGCUGGCGAUGCCCAGCUCCCUCAGAAGAAUUCACUCUACAAACCGACACAACCAGGCAGAGCGAACAAAAUCUGACAGCAACAUGAAGGAGAUCUACACCAAGAGACCAGUGCGUCAAGAGAACGAAUCCCCAGAGGGAACGUUACGGUCCUCAGUACAGUGGGCAGUGGCCUCCGGGGGCAGGAAUUCCUCAGACCGCAAGGACUUGAACAGAAAUGAGAGCAUAGACUCAGAUGAUGACUAUGAUGACGUGGACAUCCCCAGUAACUGCAACACCAAUGAGACAUUACCUGCUGAUGAAGUCCCACCCCCUCUUCCUCCAAAACCCAGGAUGCACACAAGCUCAGAGGAGAUUACGGCAGGGGAAGAGGAUCGGGGACGGACCGGGGGCUCCCUCUAUGUCCCCUCUCCCCUGCUGCGGUGUUACAGCGGAAGUGGCGGUCGGCCUGUCCCCAGACCACGGUCGGUACGCAACGUCAACUCCGACCCCACUUCCUUCACGGGUCAGAAGAUAGACAGCCCGCCCGACCUGCCCCCCAAGAUGGAGAGGAGACGACAACCCCCCCAGCAUGCCCGCGUUGAAUGUGCCAGUCCAGUAUUGCAGAAACCUCCAGUGUUCUUCAAGAAAGUGUUCCAUGGCUGCCCUCUAAAACUGACCUGCUCGACCAUAUGGGACCACCCCACGACCAAAGAUCACCACCUCAUCUUUGGAGCAGACGAGGGUAUUUUCACUCUGAACCUGAGUGGGCCGGAGGCCACGAUGGAGCUGCUGUAUCCAGGAAAGUGCAGUUGGGUCUACACCAUUAACAAUGUCCUUAUGUCAAUAUCAGGUAAAGCCUCCCAGCUGCAUUCCCACUCCUUAAAAGAGCUGUACGAACAGGCUCGCAAGGAGCACAGAAUGGUGCAGCUGCCGACGCACAGGCUGCUCCCCAGGAAGUUCACUGUGUCCAGUAAAAUACCAGAUACCAAGGGCUGCAGAACCUGCUCAGUAGCCCAAAAUUCCCAGCGUGGCUGCGUGUUCCUGUGUGGUGCUCUGGAGUCCAGCGUGGUGCUCCUGCAGUGGUACGAUCCCCUGCACAAGUUCAUGCUCAUCAGGCACUUCGACUUCCCAUUGCCAAGUCCCCUGCGUGUGUUUGAGAUGCUGGUGGCACCAGAUCAGGAGUAUCCCCUGGUUUGCAUUUGGGUGGCCAGGGGCCCCACUGCUGCCCAGCCUGUUCAGGUGGACUGCAUCAACCUCAACUCAAACACCUCCUGGUUCUGCAGCACUGGCUCAGGUAACACAGCCCCUAGUGCAAUGCAAGUGAACCAGCUCGACAGUAGCACACUUCUGGUGCUGAUUGAGAAGUCAGUGCACAUUGUGAGCCUGGAGGGGGUGCCGAAGAGCCAGAGGAAAAUACAGUCUGAGACAAACUUCUCCUUCGCUGUGGAGGCAGCAGUGUUCUUCGAGGACACCUUGCUGGCUGUCUGGAGGCACGGCUGGCAGCGCAGGGGGGAGAGCUUCUCUGACGUGCUGCAGGAGGUCACAGACCCCAGGAAGACCUUCCGUCUGGUGGGGUCAGACAGGAUGGUUGUCAUGGAAACACGGCAGUGCGAGGACCAGUCGGGACUUAGCAACCUGUACAUCCUGGAGAUCGCAGAGAACCUGACCCCCGCGCCCUAAGCCCGGACGUCCCGGCAGACCAGAGGGAAGGACCGCCGCCUGGCGAUAGCAACGGGCCUUCCCCGAAGACGUUGGCCGUCCCCGUUACCUCAUGAUUUUCAUCAGCGUGUCCAGCGGCGGACACAUACCGGCUCGGUGGAGGCCCUGUCUGUACCCGCUGUGUUCUGAGGAACGCACCAUGUUGAAACUGUGCUUUAACUCUAUCCACAUCAGGGGAUAGGAUGUACUAGUUGCACAAACCACGUGUGCGCAACCCAGACAAAUACACACCCCUCCGUUCCUUAUACAAAAAGGUAAAUGUACAAGCAGGCAUAUACUGACCCACAGUCUCAACAUACACACACACACACUCAUCUAGUUCCCUGGUGUGCAGCUGAACGGCGGGUUGCCAGAGAGCUCCCACUCCAGUGAGGAUGUCCUGAAACCCUCAGACAAAUGCAUGUAUUCAUAACCAUCAGUCAAUAAAGACUCUUUUAUAAUGUCGCCUUCUCCACUGUUCAGCACACUGGCCAGCACACACACUGAAGCAUGUGUUCUCCUUGCUGAGUUACUCAAAAUGGACGAGUCAGAGCUUCUGUGAUUGUACAGUUGUGUCUGUAGUCAUCUAAAUGUAUGGCAGUCCAAUGUGAACUUCUCUUUAAAGUGGCUUAUUUAUUAAAAAGUGACAAAACGUCAUUUUAUUACUCACCUUCA